UCCAGAACAAACUGUUCAACAAAGUCCUUAAAGCUCUACAAGCUGAAAGACUAGCCCGCCUGGCCAAUGAAACCUGCUUCCAAUGAGCCAAUCUUGCGGAGGAUAGCUGUGGACAACUGUGCCAGGAAGGUGCGGCAUGCAUUAGCCAGUGUGAGCUGGGACACCAAACUGACGCAGUGGUUACACACUACCAUGAUUGAAUCCUUAAGCCUCGCUAUGCUUGCUGCUUACCUGGAUGUGCUGCAGACUCUCAAAAGCAAGUUGCCGUUGCUGAUUGACAGAAUGUUGCUAACAACAGCAAAGACUGGCGCUCCAAGUGCAGAGGCCCUGUCACUGCUACUGAAACGACCCUGGGACCCUGCUGUUGGAGUCCUGUCACAAAACAAACCGAGCAAGCUUCCUGGAUCCCCACUCAUCCUAAUUGCUCCAUCGAGCCCAACCAAUCCUGCCCUCGCUACCUCGCGGCGAAUGAGAUUCUGGCAGUCGCAGCUUUCUUGUUUGGGAAAGGUCAUUCCAGUGCACAGUCACGUGAACAGCGGAGCCAAUAUUGGCAUCACACAGUGCCUUGAACACAUGUUGGGCACCGUCAGAGCCAAGGUCAUGGAGGUUCACAGUCACUUCCCCCACAAACCCAUUAUUCUGGUUGGCUGGAACGCUGGUGCUCUCAUCGCUUGUCACGUAUCCCUUAUGGAGUAUCUGACUGCUGUGGUGUGUCUCGGCUUCCCCCUGCUGACAGUCAACGGGCCAAGAGGGGAUGUGGAUGACCCGCUGCUGGACAUGAAGACCCCAGUGUUGUUUGUGGUUGGCCAGAAUGCUCUGCAGUGUAGCAUAGAAGGCAUGGAGGAGCUCAGAGAGAAGCUGAGGGCGGACAACAGCAUGGUGGUGGUGGGAGGAUCAGACGACAACCUCAGAAUAAAUUCAGCAAAGAUGAAAUCAGAGGGACUGACGCAGACCAUGGUGGACCGCUGCAUUCAGGAUGAGAUCGCUGACUUCUUGUCGGGCGUCCUCACACGGGCAGAAGGCCACGGCCAUGGCUCAGGGGAGAUGAGGGACCUGGACACAGAGAAGAAGAAAAGGCCUCGGCGGGAGCUUCCCUUUGACAUGGAGAGAGGGCGACCUUCCUCCCCUGCACUGAGAGUUCCCAUCUCACCAUCGGGUUCAGAGGAUCUGUCUAGUGUCUGUAGCAGUCCCACUUCAAGUCCCAAACCCAAGACGUCUGGUCUGUCUCCAGCACAGAAGUCCAGUCUGAUCACAGCCACACAGCUCCUCAAGACACACAUGCAGCGCUCUGGCACAGUACUCACUCACAAGCAGGCUCAAGCUCAGUUUGCUGCUUUUAUGAAACAAAACAUGCUUGUGAGGAAAAAUCUUCCUCCUGGCACCCCUCCUUGCAUUUUUGUGCCAGUGACCAGUGAUCAGAUGGAGUGCCUGGACAGAGAUGAACUGAGGUCCCAUGGCAAGAGGAGGCAGGCGCCUAGUCCUACGCCAAGCAAAGCCUCCAAGAGAGCCAAGAUCAAGGUCACCAUUGUUUCCCAAAGCGAGUCAGCAGGGGGCACCAUCAGCCCUGCUGCACAUGAAGUUGGUGUCUCUGGGAAGCCCUUAACAGUGACUGUGGGACAGACUGUCGCUGGAGCCAAGGAGCUCUCUGGACUGCUCACAGGCCAGCGGUCUGGUAGUCUCUCAGAGGUAUCUGGUGCCCUGUCGUCAGGCUCCAUCUCAUUCAACAGCGUGCACCCUUGCAUGGUAUCAGGGUCCUCCACAGCAGUCCAGGUGCAAGCUCCGGCUACUGCCCAAGCGCCUUCCGCCAGCAGUCUGCUACAAGGCCUAAGUUUCAGUCUUCAGGAGAUCGUCACCAAAGCUCCUAGCUUGCCCUCCACAGCAGGCAGCACCCAGGCGGUCUGUGGCAAGCCCCAGGGUCAGGUCCUGAGCUCCGCCGGUACCAGCAGCAGUACUCUGCUCCGGGCGUUGCCUGUGGUCACUACCGGAGGAGUGGCUAAAACCACCUCUAUCCACCAGCUGCUCACUAAUGGCGGGCUGGCCAAACUUGCCAGCAGCUUGCCUGGCUUGGCGCACAUCACCAAUCAGACCGCUGCAGUGAAAGGUUUCCAAGUGGUGAUGCACCUAAGCUGGUGCUGUGCCAGAGGCAUCUGUGAGCCACAGCGUGCUGAUGAGACUGUACCCUCCCUGCAACGAUGCACACACCACCCCACAACACCUGCCUCACAUCCUCCAGAGAGAUCCCCUGUCGAGAUGGUUGGAAAACGCCUGGCAGCCGCUGUUGGCUGAGGCUGAGCUGCUGCGUUGCUUUAUGUGCAGAUGAGGAGCGCUGACUCGGUGGUCUCCGUGCAACAGUCUGUGCUCUCUUCUUACACCUUUAACAUUCUGAGAGCCAGGUACAAAACAUGGUGACGUGUCCUCAAGGGAGGAAAUGAUAUCCUGUGAAGAUAAACUGCAACCUACCUGGACUUAGACACCUGCAUCUCAACUAAACUGAGUGUAUAUUAAAGGAAUGCUUCACGCCUACAAUGAUUAUUUGUAUAUUAAUUACUCGCCCUGUGUUAUUCUGUGGAAAUUCUUGAAGAAUCCAAAAACGGAGAAAAGUCUUGAUGAAUUGAAGUAAAUGGGGGGGGGGGCUGCGUUUAACAACAGCAGAACUGUGAAGAAAAGUUCAAAGUAACUUGGGGUGAGUAAUUGAUAUAUAAAUCGUCAUUUUCGGGACGAAGUAUUCCUUUAAGUCAAAAUAAUUUUGUCAUCUCAUUUAUCACAGGCCAGAUAUUAUUAACGGGAAUGUCAUCUUGUGUGUGGAGCUCUUUAAUGUCACAACUGGAUCAUUCUAAAUAUCUCCAUAUUUGUGCAAUAACUAAAAUGUUAGUUGUGGCUUCCAUAUUAUUUAUCACAGUAAUUAUAUUCACAUCAUUACAGUAUUUCAUCAUAUGAAUUGCUUUUUGUUUAGCGGUUUUCCUUCACUAUGACAAACAACUUGACCAUAUGAUAGGCCGAAAAUAUGUUAGAGUAAGAACUAAACUUCAUCGCUAAGUAAAUGUCAGUAUUUGUAAUAAUCAUGUGAUUGCAGAUGCUACAGUACAGAUGCAAACAGCUGCAUGUCCAUGUCCUUAUGAUCAACCUUAUCUGUUUCAUUUGUUUUCACCAAUCUGUUGUAUAAGGCAAUAUUUCCCAUCUUCCUUGUAUAUGGACUUUUUUUUUUUUUAAAGAACUGUUUCCUAUUUGCUAAUCUAAAUAUUUGGUCCUGUGUGUUCAACACUUGUAUUAAACACGCUGAGCAACUCCUC